GAACGCGUUGUUUGCAGCGUGCGACACCGCGUGAUGCUCAUACACACCGCCGCGGGUAAGUGCGGUGAUAGAAGUAUCAUGAUUCCCGUCGUGCUCAUCAUACCGUCCGCGAUUCGACUGCUGCAGUGUCUGAGGCAGUUUGCCGACACGCGCGAGCCAAAGUGUCUGUACAACGCAUUCAAGUACACGAGCGCGUUCCCGGUCAUCAUCAUCUCCGGAUUCCGGCACUUCAUCGAUCACGACGAUUGGGUCUUCUUUUGGCGUCCGCUUUGGAUCGGGUUUUGCGUGUUCAACACGUGUUUUAGCUUUUACUGGGACAUCAAGCACGACUGGGGGCUGUCGUUGCUCGGCGGCGGCGCGCCUCGGCGACCCGGCGAGAAAUUUCCGUUUGGAUUGCGCGAGCGUCGCAUUUACGGCGCACCCAAGGUGUAUUAUCGGGCAAUUUGGUUGAAUUUCUUCUUGCGGAUAAGUUGGACCUACAAGCUCGCGUCGCACUUGCGACAUCAUAGCGCCGUGCUCUGGCUCGUUACCGCCGCUGAAAUCACGCGACGAUUUCAAUGGUCGUUGUUCCGCGUCGAGGUGGAAUAU